AAUUAAUGCAUUUGAAACUAUGCCUACCUAGUCCAUAACUAAAUCUGUAACCCAACAUUCCUAUAAGCUUAUCACACAAACUUUCGUUUCUAGACCCUGGUUUGUAAUAUCAUGAGUUUGAUGACCUUAAACCUGUGCAACCUGAAGCCCAUCUCGUUUAAAAUACAUCUGAAUGGCGGCAAAUGAGGGAGCGUCUCCCACGAACAAAAUGAAACGUUAAGACAGGUUAACGAGCCCUAUGUAACAGCACCCGAAUUCCAGGGGCGGUCAAACAUGGCUGAGUGCUGGGCAACGCGCAUGGCUAAGUAUUGGGCAACCUGCGCUGCAGGUUUAGAGUUCACGGUUUGCAAAGAGUUGAAAGGGCUAGAGGGGACAGGUGUUAUAUCCAAUUCUUUGUUCAGCGGGGGUGUUCUUUUUGAAACAAUGUGUCCUGCUGAGAAGCUGCUGAGUCUGCGGGCUGUGGAUAACAUAUAUGCAUUCGUUGCACAUUUUCAAGAUUUGCCAAUGGAAAAGGAUGCCGCAAUCAGUUUUCUUAAGGGUCUAGCUGUGAAGGUUGAUUGGAGUAAUGCUUUUUAUAUCUUUAGAAGUUGGAACAGAGAUGGAGUCAAAUAUUCUCUGCCCAGACCCUCAUUAGAUGGAGAUGGUUCAAUAUCUUUCCGUGUGUCAUGUGAUAGAACAUGUACUGAGAUGAAAAGACAUGAAUUCACAUCUGUGGAUGCUGAAGCUGCCAUUGGGGAAGGAAUUCAUUAUCUGUUUGGCUGGCCGGCUAGCAUGCGCAUGUAUGAUUUGGAGGUUGUCACAUGGAUUGUAGAUGCUGAAGUCCUUAUGUCUAUUGCUCUUCUUCCCAAUUGGAAUAGAAGAAUGCUAGAAGCUAUUGAUGUCUGCAAUCACAAACAUAAUUCAGCUGUUCCAGAUCUACUGGCUCCACCCUUUGAGACAAAAGCAAGCUCAGAGAUGGGAGAAAGAAAUCUAAGAUCACGACCAAGCCGCACGGAUUCUCAGCUAUAUGCUAGACGGUUAUACAGGAAAGCACUAGUAGAAACAUCAUUGAAACCAAGCACAGCAUUUUCCUUGCUUCAAUUGGGAGAAGUUCAACCUGGCCAUUUGAUUCUUGAUCCGAUUGUAAUUUCAGGUAUCCUUCAAUGGAGAAACAUCUGUAUUCAUAGGGGUUGUUUGGAAACGAUUUUGCAUCCUUGCCUUGAGUUCUUUCCCCUCUUGCGUGGGUCACUUGGAGGUUGUGGGGUUGCUUCAUCAAUGACACUUAUAGUAGAGGAUUAUUCCUUCUUGGCAUUGGAUAUUUUCAUCCUUGUAGGGAUUCAAGCAGCAUUCCCUUUCCAAAGAAUGUGUGGAUGUGGUACAAUACCUCUAGAAGCGGCAGCGUAUUUUAGUGGACAGGUGAUGUGUCUUGGAGGUGAUACUUCUUCAAAAGCUAUUGCAGCUGCAGAAAGUAAUUCACGGGAAAUAAAAGAGCUCUGUGAUGUUCUACAUUGGGAUGCUACACGCUUGCCUUUACGUAGUGGUUGUGUUGAUCGGAUUAUAUGUGACAUGCCAUUUGGUGUUCGUUGUGGAAGCACACGAGUGCGCCAAUGGCUUUGUCCCAAAGUGCUAAGAGAGAUGAUCCGUGUCUUAGCACCCAACACAGGACUUGUAGUUCUGAUGGUUCAAGGUAGGUUUAUGAGAAAAGAAGUUGAGAUCAAUCAGAACCAGUUUCUCAGAUUGCUCAAGCACUUGGAUGUCCAAAUGGAGGGUAUACGCGUGGAAGUGUUCGUCAUGCAACGCACUUCAGAACCAGCCCCUGAACAUGGCUCUUCCUGCAAUACCAAGUCUCUUACCAAGAAGAAUAUUAAGAGGAGGGGGAAAUAAACCAUAUUGUGCACAACUCAAUUAUGCCAUUUGUUCAUUUAUCAUUUAUCAAAAUUUCUAACUCGAUAUUACAAAUAAAAUAAUCGUGUAUUUUUAUUUUAUGAGAGGCAAAUUUAUUAAUUUGGUUUUGUUCUUGAAUAUCACAAUAUAUUAUUCCUUGUGUACAACAAACAAUGUCGAAAUAUCUCCUUUGCUGCUCUUUGGGUUUA